AGACUAUUUGAUAUGUGCUGCAGACGUUGCAUAAACCACCGACGAAGAGGUACAAUAUUCUCAAUCUACUGCACAAUAUUAAUAAGACUGUUCUGACUUCCAUGAUGUUGGGUACGUUGGUUCUGAGUUUGAUGCUCCUCAGCCGCGUCACUGCGAACUGGCCGGAUGGGAGCAAAGACGCAACACGAGCAAAUAUGGGAUUCUACACACUGAAUAUGACAUGCAACGACGCGGGAACCGAAUGCGAAGCAUGCUACCGAGCACGCGCAGAGGGGCUGGUGUAUCUACACACUGUUGAAUAUACAGAGGGGCCGGCCAAGUUUGAAUUUCGAGGAUCGGCAGCAUCACGUGACUGGAAACAGUUUGUUGUUCAAGAUGAUCCAUCAGAGCCCUUCCGUUACUGCAUGCAGCAAGACGAGAUACAAGACUUGGACUACGGGGGCGAUACUUGGAGGUUUUCCAUCUGCAUGGACAACAACUUCUCUGGUAUCUCGGUCCCAGCUGAAUGCGUGAAACCCUUGGCUGUUGUCUCCAUGGUUAGCCUGCGCACAGAUAACGAAGCGCACGGCGAGCAGACGCUGUACUGCGCAGCCUAAACGAUUCAGCUCCGCCUUAAUGCAUAAAUGCAUGAGAAUUGAAUUGACUAGAACUUGGGGUCCAGGUCUAAAGCGCUUUCAUUGUGUAUGUGGGAUUCAUACUGUUGCCAAAUAGAAAGAUACAUAUCACUGGGUGCAUACCUAUGUUCCCAACGCCUAUGUUUCCCAACACCCAUGUUCCCCAAUACCUAUGUACCCCAACCGUAACCCUAACCCUUACCCCUACCCUUAGGAUUGUGGGAAACAUGGGUAUUGGGGGCAUCGUGUAGACCCUGUAUCAUGAUAUUCUAUGGCCUGAAGGGUCCAUGACAUCAACUUUUCUUAGGAAUUAAUUUUGGGCAUUUUUCUGUACUACUCGUAAAUGUAUGAACAUUAUUUGACAUAUCUUAUAGUAAAUUAUUGAAAAGUGCCAUUCUUAAACAUUUAAAAUUGUCCAUGCUUUCCCGGACAACUGAGGGCGCUGUAGCUGUGACGUCGUUUCGGGAAGAUGUUGUCCAGUUUAAGAAUUUUCCGUUCAAAUUGUGAACCCAAACAUUUUGCUAAACUGGAAGAACUUGUGAGAAGUGUUUAGGCAUUGGCUUAUACUGUCAUGUAUUGACACAAUGACAAGAUUUAUUUGUCCUCUACAUUUAUGAUUACAAGCAGUCACUUUCUUUUUACAAAAUAUUGUUUUAAGCCACACUGAAAAGGAAAAUUUGCACUAUAUGUGUUGUCAAUCAUGACUUUUCAAUUAAAAUUGACCAAUUCUUACGUUUUAUUCUCCCAACUUACGGUUUUACUUCCUCAAAAGACAAAAAUUCGCUGAUAUUUCAUGCGAUGCUACACCAGAAGAAAAUCUAUAAGAAUAUUUGAAUGGCUGUCUGCCUUUACGACUAUUGACAGCCCACAGAGCAUUCUGAUCACGCUUUCACCGUAUACAGUGGCAAAGGGAGGCCCUCCUUAAUGGCGAACGCGUGGUACCAGCUAUUGACCCAAUAAUCCAAGGGGAAGCAGAUGUGUACAAUAUUACAGCUCUCACAAUGCUUACGGCAUUGCUGGGGUCUCUGUGAAUGUAUAGUAUUAGGGUCCUAGGAUGACGUGCUUGCUUUACCUUUUAUUUUAUGGGAAAUCUCUUUUUGUCCAGAAAACAAAUAAACUCGCAGGUGAUCCGGCCUUCUCUA